CCUUCCUCUCUGCUUUCCCCACCUCUCCUCCUCUUACCAUCCCCUCUGCUCUCGCCAUUCCCUCUCUCACUAGUCUCAGCUCCACUUUCCAGUUAUCCAGCACUCCUAGCCACCUCCUCCUCUCCCUAUUUUCGUCUCCUUUCGCCAGAGAUCAAGUCCCCGUGUGUCCCUUCCACAGCCUUCCUGCUGCCUUUUUAUUCCUGAACGCAGUAGGAUCACCCAAUCAAACAAUGCCUUUCCUCCCAGAGAAUCCCCUGCACAGAGCGUGGAAAUAAGAAUGGCGGCACCUGAUUUACUGGAUCCAAAAUCAGCAACUCAUAACUCCAAGCCAAGGUUGUCAUUCUCGGUCAAACCCACGGUGCUGUCCACUCGAGACGACAGGGACGUCGCAAUGAAUGUCAUGAAAUGGAAAACAGUAUCAACUAUUUUUUUAGUGGUAGUUCUCUACUUAAUCAUUGGAGCCACUGUAUUCAAAGCACUGGAGCAGCCCCAUGAAACUUCCCAGAGGACAAUAAUGUUUAUACAAAAGCAGAACUUCGUUUCUGAUAAUUCGUGUGUGAAUGCAACAGAGCUAGACGAACUGAUUAAGCAUGUGAUGGCAGCAGUCAAUGCAGGGAUCAUACCUGUAGGAAAUGGCACCAGUCAAAAUAGCCAUUGGGACAUGGGCAGCUCUUUUUUCUUUGCGGGAACUGUUAUCACUACAAUAGGCUUCGGAAACAUUUCACCACGAACAAAGGGUGGGAAAAUAUUUUGCAUUAUCUAUGCGUUGUUAGGAAUACCUUUAUUUGGAUUCUUAUUGGCUGGCGUUGGAGAUCAACUAGGGACAAUAUUUGGGAAAGGAAUUGCCCGUGUAGAGGAUAUGUUUGUUAAAUGGAACGUGAGUCAAACAAAAAUACGCAUCAUUUCAACUGUGAUAUUUAUAUUGUUCGGAUGCAUUCUUUUUGUUGCAUUUCCGGCUUUUAUUUUUCAACACAUAGAAGACUGGAACACACUGGAUGCCUUUUACUUUGUGGUCAUCACCUUAACCACUAUUGGAUUUGGAGAUUAUGUGGCAGGUGGAUCAGAUAUUGAAUACCAUGGCUUCUACAAACCUAUAGUAUGGUUCUGGAUCUUGGUGGGUCUUGCCUAUUUUGCAGCUGUCCUUAGCAUGAUCAGCGACUGGCUUAGAGUACUGUCUAAAAAAACAAAGGAAGAGGUUGGUGAGUUUAGAGCCCAUGCAGCUGAAUGGACAGCAAAUGUCACAGCAGAAUUCAAAGAAACCCGGAGACGUCUAAGCGUGGAGAUUUACGACAAGUUUCAGCGCGCCACCUCCAUUAAAAGGAAGCUUUCAGCCGAGCUGGCAAUGAGUCCCAGCCAAGAAAUGACCCCUUGCAAGAGAACCUUGUCUGUCAAUCACCUUACAAAUGAGAAAGAAACACUGUCUUCUAUGACUAAAUGUGACAGCAUUUAUCUCAAUGGCUUGAGUCCACACUGUGCAGCUGAAGAAAUAUCCGUCAUCGAGAACUUUAAGUAGCAGGACGCCCGAUGCUGUGCUUGGUGGAAUGCUACAUUUGCCAUGAUUAAGACUACCAGCAUUUUUUCAAAGUGUGCAUGAGCUCAGAGAUGAACAUAAAAGGGACAGCGAGUCAGUAUUUUUAAAAUGAUAUAUAAAAUAUAAAGAGAGGGUUUAGUAAAAACAAAAACAAAACAAACAAAAAAAAAAGCAACUACUGAAUUCAACAAUGUCUUUUUCUGGCCAGACUGUUUAUUAUUUUUUUUUUUUUCUUCAAAUGUGCCAUAUUAACCCACAAAGUUUCGCAAUUCAUGAUUGAUAUGUUUGAUAGAAAUUUGAUGGACAGAAAAUGCUCGGUGUGUGUCUGCUCACAGAAUGGACUGUUUAUGAACUGUAUUUUUGUAACUGGAGUAACUGAGAUGUAGCCUUCAACCUAAGACUUUCAUCAGUGCCUUAUCUUUUUCCAGACACAAAACCUCCAUAGUUAUUCUGUUUCUAUUGCUGUUCUUAUUCUUUUGUUUUUCAGGGUUCGGGGUUGGCCUGAAGAAUGUAUUUUAGUGGAUAUUUCUUGUAGCCUGAAGAUCACUUAUGAUGGUGAUUCUUGGCAAUGCACUAGUCAGGAAGUUAAGUCAAAGCCCAUCGACUGAAAGCACACCACUCAGAGUCCUAACUUUAAGGUGCUGUGGAUACAUGGCUCUCAGAUAUAUUUUGUAAAAUCUAAAAUAUUUAGAAGUUAAGGCAUUUACCAUACAUCAGUAGAUUCCCCACUGCUACCAAUGGUUUUAGCUACUGGUAUAUAUAUUUUACUUUAGCACACUGAGGCAGUGUAAGAAUAUAGAGAGACCCGUUAAAGUAAGGGUCUCCUUUAACUAAAUGAAAUACAUAACAAUUGGGGUUUUACUGCUUCUGGCUGUUGGGCUUGAGGCAUUUUGUAGUGGUUAGUCCACCAAUGACCCAGGACAGCAUACUGAGCAUUAUGGGGAAUGCAGUUCACAUUCAUCUGCAGUGCCAUGGUUCUCCAUCACAUGCCCUAAAGGUAGGUUAAUGUCUGUGCUAUUUCAACAAACUUAGUACAUAUUAUGCAUAAUUAUUAUAAUUAGUUACUGCCUCGAGAACAUUCUAUGGAUGGAACACCAAAUCAACAACAGUUCUAUGGCAAAGUGAUAAAAAGCCAUCACUAUAUAGACCAAUUAAUUAUUUAUGUCCUUUAGUACUUUGCCAAGGAACAUUUGUAGUUAUACUAUCUAAAUAUGGCGAUUUCCUUGUUGACAAAUUGCCUUGCAUGUAUAAAUAAAAAAGUGGGUUGAUUGUAGUAAAAACCAAUGCAAAAAACACCAGGCUUGCUAUCAUAUAUAUAACAUUUAUUUGGCCAUUGGAUAGCGACCAUUUGAAGCCUAUUAUUGGUUUUCCACCUCCUCCAUUAGUAAGCUGGCAAAUGUAUU